AUGGCAGCAGCGAGAACGAAAGAUUUGACUGUGGGACUGUUAGGGAAGGAGGUUAAUGAGAAUAGUCCACAGGUAACAUGGAAUGAUGGCCACACCACAAUACUCCUGACAGUAUAUGAUCAUUACAACACCAACAUCUGCGCUGCAGUCAACAUCCUGAUCAUCAAAUAUCUUGCCCAAUAUCCAGCCUCAACACCAGAUUCACAAUUCACCAUGCACAUAUCAAAUCUUGACAUCCCAAUGUUCAAGUUGCAUGACAUGAUUGGGAACUCACUGAGUCAGAAUAAGUCUGUGGCACUUAGAGGUAUUGGGCACCAUGACCAAGAUGUCAAGUUGACACUUGAAUACCUGGAAGAACAAUAUGCAAUCUCCCCAAAUAGGGCUGUAUGGAUUCAUGGUAGCAUCAGUCCUCUUUACAUACCACUUGCACAGGUGUUGUUGCCAGACUGUGUGAGCAUCACACAUGGGUGGAAUGAAAACACAUAUGACAUCCCAAUCACAUCAAGUGUUCACCCAGAAAACUUCACAGUCAAGGGCUGGGGGCUUGUACACCAUGCUGGAUACAUCACAUAUCUGCACCACAAUGCUGAGGGGAUCUUGAUGUGGUUAAUAAUGGAUGUAGGGGUGAAGUUCUGGGUCUUAUUAUGCCCAAAGGAUCGACACCAUGAUCGCAAGCACCUUCAAGACUUUGCCAUUAGGCUAGGCAACUUUACUGAAAAUGAGUCUUGGAUCAGAGUGCAUUGUGAUGCUGAAGUGAUAACACUCCUCCCUGGAGACAUGUUGUAG